GGAAAGAAAGGGAAUAUAAUUCCUAAGUGUUGCUUCUUAGAAACUUGGUUUUUAAUUCUUGUAAUCUGCCUCCUGAUCCCAACGUUCAAUUUAUAAAACCUGGGGGACAGACCGUACAGAUAAUCCAUGGCCACACUCAAAAUGGCGGAAAACGGAAACAUUGGAGCCAGGGGCGGAAACGGAAGUACGCUUGUUGCCUCCAUGUGCCGCUGCAAGAGUGGCGAAAACGGCGCUAGGUCUAGGUUGAGUGACACUCCCCCAUUCCAGCAUGGGCAAGAAGGGCAAAGUUGGCAAGAGCCGACGGGACAAGUUUUAUCACUUGGCUAAGGAGACGGGUUACCGUUCCCGCUCUGCUUUCAAGCUAAUCCAGCUCAAUCGCCGCUUUCAGUUCCUGCAGAAAGCCCGAGCCUUGCUGGACCUCUGUGCUGCGCCAGGGGGAUGGCUGCAGGUGGCUGCCAAGUUUAUGCCUGUAUCCAGUCUUAUUGUGGGAGUGGACCUGGUUCCAAUCAAGCCUCUCCCCAAUGUGGUGACUCUCCAGGAGGACAUCACAACAGAACGCUGUAGGCAGGCCCUGAGGAAGGAGCUGAAGACCUGGAAAGUUGAUGUCGUGCUCAAUGAUGGGGCUCCCAAUGUUGGGGCUAGCUGGGUCCAUGAUGCUUACUCACAAGCUCAUUUGACACUGAUGGCUCUGCGUUUGGCUUGUGAUUUUUUGGCCCGUGGUGGCUGCUUCAUCACAAAGGUUUUCCGUUCCCGUGACUAUCAGCCCCUCCUGUGGAUCUUUCAGCAACUGUUCCACCGUGUCCAGGCCACCAAGCCCCAAGCCUCUCGCCAUGAAUCUGCAGAGAUCUUUGUCAUCUGCCAGGGAUUCUUGGCUCCUGACAAGGUUGAUAGCAAAUUCUUUGACCCCAAAUUUGCUUUCAAGGAAGUUGAGGUUCAGGCAAAGACUGUUACUGAGUUGGUGACUAAGAAAAAACCAAAGGCUGAAGGCUAUGCUGAUGGUGACCUCACUCUGUAUCACCGAACCUCAGUCACUGACUUCCUUCGAGCUGCCAACCCUGUUGACUUCCUCUCCAAGGCCAGCGAAAUCUUGUUAGAUGAUGAAGAGUUGGCCCAGCAUCCAGCUACCACUGAGGACAUACGGGCAUGCUGUCAGGACAUCAAAGUGCUGGGGCGAAAGGAGCUCAGGUCCCUACUGAACUGGAGAACAAAGCUUCGGCGACAUGUGGCCAAGAAGCUGAAAGAGCAAGCAAAAGCACUGGACAUCAGCCUCAGCUCAGGAGAGGAAGAAGAAGGUGAUGAGGAAGAGUCAACAGCUGGGACCGUAAGGCAACUGUCUAAAGAAGAGGAGGAGGAGGAACAACUGAACCAGACCCUGGCAGAGAUGAAGGCCCAGGAGGUGGCGGAAUUAAAGAGGAAGAAAAAGAAGCUGCUGCGUGAGCAGAGAAAACAGCGGGAGCGUGUGGAGCUGAAGAUGGAUCUGCCAGGGGUUUCCAUUGCAGAUGAGGGGGAGACUGGCAUGUUCUCCCUGCGCACCAUCCGGGGUCACCAGUUGUUAGAGGAAGUAACAAAAGGGGAUAUGAGUGCUGCAGACACACUCCUGUCUGAUCUGUCAAGAGAUGACAUCUAUGUAUCAGAUGUUGAAGAGGAUGAUGAUGAUGCAUCUCUGGAUAGUGACCUGGAUCCAGAGGAGCUGGCAGGAGUCAGGGGACAUCCGGAUCUAAAAGACCAGAAGCGAGUGCGAUAUGCUGAAGUGGAAGAUAAAGAGGAAGAGGAAGAAGAGAAUCCAUUGCUGGUACCACUGGAGGAAAAAGCAGUGCUGCAGGAAGAACAGGCCACCCUGUGGUUCUCAAAGGAUGGCUUCAGUGGGAUUGAGGAUGAUGCAGAUGAGGCCCUGGAGAUCAGUCAGGCCCAGCUGUUGUAUGAGAGCCGUCGGAAGGGACAGCAGCAGCUGCCACCGCCACCACCACCACCUUCCAGUUUGAAGACUGAGAAAAAGUCUCCCCGGUGCCAGGAUGAGGCCCCUAAGGGGCCAGAGGCUUCUUCAGGGACAGAAGCUGCCCCUGGCCCUGAAGGGAAAGAAAGAGAUGGCAGCUCAGACAGUGACAGCAGCAGCAGUGAGGAUGAAGAGAGCUGGGAAGCACCCCGUGGUAAGAAGCGCAGACGUGGGCCUAAGUCAGAUGACGAUGGGUUUGAGAUAGUGCCUAUCGAGGACCCAGUGAAACAUCGGAUACUGGAUGCUGAAGGCCUUGCUCUAGGUGCUGUUAUUGCCUCUUCCAAAAAGGCCAAGAGAGACCUCAUAGAUAACUCCUUCAACAGGUAUACAUUUAAUGAGGAAGAGGGAGAGCUUCCAGAGUGGUUUGUGCAGGAGGAAAAGCAGCAUCGGAUACGGCAGUUGCCUAUUGACAAGAAAGAGGUAGAGCAUUACCGGAAGCGCUGGAGGGAAAUCAACGCUCGUCCCAUCAAGAAAGUGGCGGAGGCCAAGGCCAGAAAGAAAAGGAGGAUGCUGAAAAAGCUGGAACAGACUAGGAAGAAGGCAGAAGCUGUGGUGAACACAGUGGACAUCUCAGAACGCGAGAAAGUGGCACAGCUGCGAAGUCUCUACAAGAAGGCUGGGCUUGGCAAGGAGAAGCGCCAAGUCACCUAUGUUGUAGCCAAAAAAGGUGUGGGCCGCAAAGUACGCCGGCCAGCUGGAGUUAGAGGCCAUUUUAAGGUGGUGGACUCAAGGAUGAAGAAGGACCAAAGAGCACAGCAGCGUAAGGAGCAAAAGAAAAAACACAAGCGGAAGUGAGCAGAGGUACUAGGCCUCUGAGAAGUGUCAGGACUAGGGGGAAAGAUGGUGGCAUGGCCCACUCUGCCUCAGUACCAGCCCCGCCCUCACUUGAAUUGCAGCUGUCUGACAGUGAGAUGGGAGGAUGUCCUCCUGCCUGAAGGGCAUUCUCCCACAAAAACACUGCUGAAAUGUCUUUACAGACCCCACAAUCCUUCCAUGAAGAAUGUGAGGGUACUGAAUAAAAAGUCAAUGUUAAACUAUAAGGGGAGGUUAGGUGUUGGGGCGGCAUUCAUUGUAGGGGCCUCUCAAGUCUUCCCCCUUCCUACUGAAUAAAACCAGGGUGGUGGGAGA